AUGUUUAGCGGAUGGACAAUUCGAAGCGCAUCCGGUUCCUGGCCGAUUCCCGACAUGGCCCCUGCGGGCAACGGGAGAGACCUAGCGUGCAGUUAUCUGCCUGAAUCACCAGGCUGCGAUAGAUCCCGAUUGAGACAAGAUCCCGGCUGGCCAACGAUCGUCGGAAAAGCCCACAUUAAUCCUUUCCCCAAGCGUGCAAUUCGUGCAUCCGAUUCUCCAUCCCCGCAAUGUUGGGGGAACUUCAUGCCCUGGUUCAUCUCUCUAAUCGAUCCAGGCAUGCUUACAGUGUCUGGAUUUCAAACUGCCGGUAUGUCCAUGCGAGGGAACCAUGCAGUAUAG